AAGCUGUAGAGUUCUGUCCUCAGUUCUCAGAUCAAACUCCUCCAGACUGAGAGAACUGAACCUGACUCACAAUAACCUGCAGGAUUCAGGAGUGAAGCUGCUCUCUGCUGGACUGGAGAAUCCACACUGUACACUGGAGAUACUGAGAAUAAACGGUUAGGAAGUGAAAGUGAAAGUCAGUCUCCAUUUUGUGUGGAGGGGAAAAUACACCAUUUCAGGAGUAAAAACACAAGACUAUUUCCUGUAAGUGAACUCUGUGCUGAUACAGGGUUUGAUUUAACACACCGAUGUUGGAGUGAAGUAAACGUGUGUCCUGCUGUAAUCUGGAGAAGGAGACAUAACCUCCAACAUGAGUGUGUCUGGAAAACAGGACUUAAAGAGAGACGAGAGAAUGAUGGAGGGAAAGAGAUCAGACUCACCAGAACCCAGCUGUGUGUCCAUGAAGAGUGACCAGUCAAUGGGACAUCCAGUUACCUUCAGAGACGGAGCCAGUUCUCCUGAUGUGAGACCACAACAGAAGAAAUCAAACCUCAGCAGAAAUCAGUUGGACUCCAUAUUCAAGGAGCUGGAACACAAAGUCAUCACUCUGAUAAAGAAUGAACUGAAGAGGUUUAGGAAGCUCCUGAGUCCAGAUUACCCAGCAUGCACUGAGAGGGAGGUGCAGGAUGAGCAGGAUCUGCACAGUGUCAGAGACGGAGCGCUGAAGAUCACACUGCACGUCCUGAAGAACAUGAACCACACAGAUCUCGCUAACACACUGCACAACAAGUCUGUGGCCCCUGUGUAUCAGACAAAGCUGAAAUCCAGCCUGAGAGAGAAGUUUAAAAGAAUUAAUGAAGGAAUCUCACAGCAUGGAAGCUCAGCACUUCUGAAUGAGAUCUACACAGAUCUCUACAUCACAGAGGGUUGGAGUGGAGACGUCAAUAAUGAACAUGAGGUGAGACAGAUUGAGACAGCGUCCAGGAGACCAGCAACACAGGAGACACCCAUCAAAUGUAAUGAUCUCUUUAAAGACAAGUCCAUCAGAGGAGUGCUGACUAAAGGAGUUGCUGGAAUUGGAAAAACAGUCUCUGUGCAGAAGUUCAUUCUGGACUGGGCUGAACGAAAAGAGAAUCAGGACGUCACCUUCAUGUUUCCACUUCCCUUUAGAGAGCUGAAUCUGAUGAAGCAGAAACAUCUCAGUCUGAUGGAUCUUCUUCAUCACUUUUUCCCUGAAAUAAGAAAACUAGAAGUAAUAGACUGUGACUCCUACAAAGUGGUGUUGAUCUUUGAUGGUCUGGAUGAGUGUCGACUUCCUCUAAAUUUCCAGAAGAAUGAGAGAUUGUGUGAUGUGACAGAGUCAGCCUCAGUGGAUGUGCUGCUGACGAACCUCAUCAAGGGGAAUCUGCUUCCCUCUGCUCUUCUCUGGAUAACCUCUCGACCAGGAGCAGCCAAUCAGAUCCCUCCUGAGUGUGUAGACCAGGUAACAGAGGUACGAGGGUUCAGUGAUCCUCAGAAAGAGGAGUACUUCAGGAAGAGGAUCAGUGAUCAGAGCCUGGCCGAUAAAAUCAUCUCACACAUGAAGUCUUCAAGAAGCCUCUACAUCAUGUGCCACAUCCCGUCUUCUGCUGGAUCUCAGCCACUGUUCUAG